AUGGCGAAAAAGCGUCGGGUUGAGCGUCCGCCCCGCACUGAGGAGUCUGAGUCGAGCGAGAAACUGGUAAUUGCUCUGGAUUUUGGAACCACGUACUCUGGUGUUGCAUUUUGUUUUGCGAACCAGUACGACGCAAAGCCAGCGGCCAUCAUGGAUUGGUCAGGACAUCGCGGGAUAUCUGUACCGAAGAUUCCCACUGUCAUUGCAUAUGACAAGCAACGGCCGGAUGUUUUCAAAUGGGGAGCAUCUGUUGACGCCGCCGACCCUAGCAUCGUUGGCAUCAAGCUUCUCCUCGACCCCGAACAGGGGAGACCAAUGUACCUACCUGCCACGAAUGCUAGAAAAUACAUCAGAAUGCUUCCGAAACCACCUGUCAAAAUUGCUGCAGAUUUUAUCGGAGCCAUAUACAGCCACGCUUUGGCUGAAAUUUCCAAGACCGUGCCCAAGGCAUACAUGGAGCUAUGCUCCAAAGAAUUUGUCCUGUCUGUCCCAGCUGUUUGGUCUGAUGCUGCCAAAAACGCCACGCUACUAGCUGCAAAAGAAGCUGGCAUUCACCCAGUUACGCUCAUCAAAGAGCCUGAGGCGGCUGCCUUACAUACUGUCAAGGCACUGGACUUUUCCAUCAAAAAGGGCGACGCCUUUGUCGUUUGCGAUGCUGGCGGUGGAACCGUCGACCUCAUCACAUACGAGGUGCACCAGCUCGUACCGAAUCUGCAGGUCAAGGAGCUAGUUCCAGGCACGGGAGGUAUGGCUGGAUCCCUUGGCCUGAACCGGCGCUUUGCGCAAGCAGUGCAAAAUCUUGUUGGUGACGAGCAGUGGUUCCCUCUGAAGAAAAGCAAGGCCUGGGUCAUUGCUCAGAGACAAUUUGACCAAGAGGUCAAGAGAGCCUUCAGAGGCGAGCCCGACGAAGAAUAUUUCGUCAACUUCCCUAUGGCUGACCUUGAAGACGAUCCAAAAGUGGCCUGGUGUCCAACACCUGGAGGAUGA